AUCCUGGGGAUUCCACUGAGUGUACACAGACAGCUAGGAGACUUACUGGGACAUCACUGCUCUCCUGAUCUCACUGAGCCUCCAUCAUGGACCUCUUUCAGGUGUGGACCCUAACUCUCCAGCUGUCAGUCCUACUGUGCCCGGGGCUUGCAGCUCAUGAUCUUCCAGUUGCAGAGCAAAGGGACAUGUAUCAGAGAGAAAUAAUCCCGGACAUCUAUCAGAGAGAAAUUAUCCCGGACGUCUAUCAGACAGAGAUAAUUCCGGAACUGCCGGCUGUGGACGAUUGGGAGAUUUAUCAGAGGGAAAUAAUCCCUCAGAUGCCAGUUAUUGAGCAGAAACUAGUUGAGCCUUUUCUCAUCCGUGGGGAACCUGUCCUGACUCCACGAGGUAGGAGACCAGUUUCGCAAUGUGGUGACAGACCCUGCUCUGUUCAAACUUCAUCAAACAACCUGGCUGAUUUCCCUCCUGGACGUCCAUACCGUGGUAAUAUUGGGAAUAUCUGUGAUGUAAGCCGCCAAAAACCAGUGUAUGGGAGCCAUAACCUUCCUCAGACCGGAUUUGCCCAUCUCAGCCGGCAAGGAUAUGCAAUCACUGAUCUAGAAGAAGGCUACACCAAAUGCUGUCAGCAGUCUGAUAGAUUGACCUGCGCUGAAAGUGUGUGGAAGAGUACCCUGGAAGCAUUUUGUCAGGAAGAGUUCAGCGUAAAGACCAGACCUUAUCAUUGCUGCAAGAAACGUGGCUCCGAAAGAGAAAUUUGCUUCAGUUCUGAUGCUCCUAACCCAAAGUACAUCUUUCAGUCCAUGCAAGUUCUGGUUCCAGAAAUCGGAAGCGCCGACCUGCCUGCAGUGGGAAGUCCUAGAAGCUUAAAACCGUGCCCUCCUAACUCACCAAAAUGCCAGAAACGCGGUAGUGAUGGUCUGCCUGUCCUGUCAUUCCCACCAGGAGAACCCAAAUCAAGCACCAUCCAGAAUAUCUGCAAUCUGAGGAAGUUCCGACCCAUUUACACCAAGAACCAGCUGCCACAAAGUUCAUUUGGCUCUUACAAACGCCAGGCACAAUCCCUCAAUCACCUGGAACGUGAAUUCAAGAAAUGCUGCAAGGAUGAAAAUGUGACCUGUGCUCACACUGCGUGGCAGAAAGUUCUGCAGAAGUUCUGCUCAGAGGAGCGGACUGUUAAAACCAGACAAAACGAAUGCUGCGUGAAGCAGGACCGAGCCGCUAUGUACACCUGCUUCGCAAGCCAAGCCCCUUACCCCAAGUACGACCGGGAAGUGGAGAGCGUGGAUCUCGGUAACGUGACUGUAGACAGCCUGCAAAAGCUCUGCGGAGGCCACAAACUCCUUACUAAACAAAAGAAGAUUCUGCAGCUAGCGCUGAGCCUGAGAGGGACCUGCUGUAAUUUGCCCCACGAUGCCUUGCUGCAGUGCGCCAGUGAGCAGAAAGAGAAGUUUAUAGAGACUAUCUGCAGCUCCAAGAAAGCCGUGUGGAAUGACGCUCAGAAAUGCUGUAAGAAAAGCAAUGAGGAAAAGGCAGAUUGUUUCAAUUCCCACCUGCAGAAUGUGUCGUUGGUCGUGUCUCAGCGGAAGAAACCGGAGAAAUGAGAAUUAAGGAGAACAUUACAGGAACCCUCCUCCUGAAUCAACAUUUACCUAGAGGUUUGGGACACGGAGGGCAAGUGUGCACCCUGACUUUAUUUAGUUCACUCUCACACGUUCAGAGACCAGACUCCAACUAAAUCGUUUGCAUGAAGUAGUUUAUUGACUCGUGCAAGAAAUGCAUCAUUCUUAAUUCCAAUCCUUACAAUCCAAUGGACACUGCUUAUGUGUAGCGAUUUCACUGUAUGGAUGCAUUGACCGGGCACAGGAAAGGUAGAAUGUGCCAGCAUAUCACAUUCAUUAAGAAUUCAAACACAGAUAAUGUCUCUGAAAUACCCGUGGGGACGACGACGACAACAAUUCAAUAAAACAGAUUUCAGAAUUGACCGAAAAAUGGACAAUAUCUCCAAGUCUGCUGUACUGUCAGCUCAGCCAUUACAUCCCAAAAUUCACCGUUCCCUGGUCAAUUCCCACCUUGGAGAAUAGAGACCAAUAGGUUUUACGUGAUGUUCUGCCAUCUAGUGGUUGAGUGUUGAAUCGGCUUUUUUAUUACAGGGGCAAAGGACGAGAGAUCCCAUUUGUUUUGAUGAGUUAAUAUAUUUAUAAUCAGGUAGUCGCUUUCACCCCAGUCCACAUUAUUUCCCAUUCAUAGUAGAAGCUUUUUGUAGCUGGGCAUUCGUGGUUAAUGCUCUUGUCCGAUCUCCACAGCCCUUAAACGGUUUCUCCUGCCAUUAUAACCAUAGCUUGCUGUAGUGGUUAUGGUGGUGGUAGUACCAUGUAGUCUUUUACUGCAAUGGGGCAAACCAUUAUAAAGCAGUUUACUCUCUUACCUGAGACCCCGUCAGGUGUGGGUCCUCUCUAGUUGCCAUACAACAUCCGGCUUUCACAGAGCUGCAGACGCUGAAUGUCUAUUUUGUUGGCCAUUCAUUGGCUGAGAACAUCAGUUGAUCGCUCUCCACCAAUAUAUGACAUUCUGUGCAUAGAAAUCUGCACAGAACUGACAUUAGCAAGCCCAGAUCACUGCAGUGGUCAUGGUCCUUGGAUCAGCCAUUUAAACUGAUUUACACACACCAUUCCUUUCUACGCUGUUGAAAUGAAUUCAGGUCUGUGCUUCAGUGUAGUUACUGAACCCUCAAAAAUAUUUUAUCGUUUGAGGAAAUCCAGGCAUCAAAUAACCACAAAAAUAAAUAAAUAAAUAUUUUUUGUAACUAUAAAAAUGUACUUUUUUGGUAUUUUUGUAUAUAUAUGAAAUUCUGACGAGGUGAGAGAUGUUUGAAAACCAAUAAAAUUCUAUAUA